CGGGGGAAAAAGCGGCGCCCCGAAAGAGUUCGGGCGCAGUUCUAAUCGCGAACGUGCGCCGUGUGGUCGGCGGGAAAGCUCGACGCCUGAGCGUGUGCUCCAUCCCGUCGUGUUUUGUGGUGUGUGCUUCCGCCGGCGACGAAAACCGAAAGCCUGCCUCUCGAAGUCCGUGUCGUUGCCAUUGUAGAUUUUUCCCCCCUCUCUCUUUAAUCUAUUUCCCGGUGAGGUUUGCAGAGACACCGCCGACCUAUCACUCUCUCGAAUUGCGCCCGCGAGCCGAUCAAAGCGCGCAUUCUCGAAACUGACGUUGAGAAAGCGAGUGCUCGGUGGCGACGGCGCGUGGAAAAGAAAGAAAGUGAAGUCCGAGCCACGACGUUAACGGCAACGGUUACAACAACGGUUCGGCGAGAGCGGUGUUGAGAAGGCCGAAUCAAUCGCUUUCCACUUCUUAAGGCUCUGCGCGGCUGUGACGGAUCGAGCGGCGACCGGGCGUCGCGACGACGAGGACGCGGAUCCGCCGAGGCAUCACUUGGAAAGCGGGUGACAGCCCGGCCGGUGCCACGAGAAAUUGAACGACGACGCUGUGUGGAGAGAUGACGUUUUGAGUGGGAAGCCUGUCGGCCGCGGCGCGUCGUCUGCUUCAGCAGCGAGCGGCAGCACCACGCGUCGUUCUCCGCUAGUGACACGCGUAUCGUCUGGUCCUCUCUUCGUGUCAUCUGGUCCUCUCUUCUUGUCGUCUGCUCAGCGGCCGUCUGCAUCUGCCGAUGCUCCCGUGAGGAUGUGUUGAUAUGUGCUGCCUCCCCGAACUCGGAUAUACCUACACGUCGGGCUGAAGACGGCCGUCGUGUGCCCGCAUCGGCGGGCUCGCUCAAUAACGGCGAAAAGCCCGAGGGGGGCGCCCAUUGGCCGAUCCAUGACGGGCCGCAGCGGUGGCGUGCUCCGUGCGCAUGCGCGGAGGGAGGCGGCGCCACCUGGCGGAGGGCACCAGCACCAGCCGGCGGCGGCGGCAGCGGCGCACCAGGCUCGUGAGCAGCAGUCGCGGCACGGUCGCAAACUGAGCAACAUGGACUACUACGGCGCCGUGGCGCUCGUCUCCGGAUGGGCCUGUCUCCUUUACUGGAACACGCUGGACGCGGACUUCGCAUACGAUGACAGCCGCGCCAUCCGGAGUAACCAGGACCUGCUGCCGAGCUCUCCGCUGGCGUCGCUCUUCCGCAACGACUUCUGGGGCACGCCGCUGACGCACAGCGGCAGCCACAAGUCGUACCGGCCGCUGUGCGUGCUCUCGUUCCGGCUCAACUACCUGCUCGGCGGCUACGAGCCGCGCGGCUACCACCUGCUCAACGUGCUGCUGCACGGCCUCGUCUCGGCGCUGUUCACGGCGCUGGCGGCGCGGCUGUUCCUCAACCAGUGGCUGCCCACGCUGGUGGCCGGCUUCCUGUUCGCCUCGCACCCCGUGCACACCGAGGCCGUGGCCGGCAUCGUGGGGCGCGCCGACGUGGGCGCCUGCCUCUUCUUCCUGGGCUCCCUGCUGGCCUACGUGCAGUACUGCAAGUACCGAGACAAGGAGGUGCGCGCCGAGCGCCGCUGGGCGCCGCUGUACGCGUCGCUGGCGCUGGCCGGAUGCUCCAUGCUCACCAAGGAGCACGGCAUCACGGUGCUGGGAGUGUGCGCCGUGUACGACGUGUUCGUCAACCACAAGGUGGCCCCCCGGGACCUACCUUCGCUGCUCGUUAGCAAGCGGCACCCGGGCCUGUGGGAGGGCCUGCUGCACCUGUGCUUCGCGGGCGUCACGCUGAUCGGCCUCCGGCUUCACCUGAUGGGCGCCCGGGCGCCGGACUUCGCGCCGGCCGACAACCCGGCCGCCGACAGCGAGAGCUUCCUCACGCGCAGCCUCACCUUCCUCUACCUGCCGGCGUUCAACUUCUGGCUCAUGCUGUGUCCGCGUUGGCUCAGCUUCGACUGGUCCAUGGAGGCCAUACCGCUGGUGCAGAGCCUGGCCGACGCGCGCAACCUGCUGAGCGCCGCCUUCUACGGCGGCUUCUUCCACCUGGUCGCCUUCCUCGUGCGACUGGCCAACUGGCGCCGGGGCGCGCCGCCCUGCCACUGCAGUGCCUUCCAGCCCAAGCCGGCGUCGCUGCUCGCGCUCUCCGGCGGCAAGUCAUCGUACGGCAAGCGGUUCUCCAACAACAACAACUGCAACAGCUACAGCAACGGCGGCGGCAACGGCAACGGCCUGGUCUCCUCCUGGAGCUGCGGCAGCUGCUCGUCGGCCUCGUCGUCCUCGUCCGAGUGCUCCGAGUCCACCAACGGCGGCGGGGGUGGCCCCGCGGUGGCCAGCGCCCUGUCGAACCAGCAGUUGGACGCCACGGUGCUCGCGCUGGCCCUCAUGGUGCUGCCGUUUGUGCCGGCGACGAACUUGUUCUUCUACGUGGGGUUCGUGGUCGCCGAGCGCGUGUUGUACGUGCCCUCGAUGGGCUACUGCCUGCUGGUCGCCGUGGGCGCCGACCAGCUGUGCGGGUUCGCCCGGCGCGCGGCGCGCCACGGACACGGCGGCCACAACGGUGGCGAGACGCUGCGCAAGCUGGUGCUCGCUGCGCUCGUGGCGCUCGUGCUGGUGCUCUCGCUGAGGACGGUGCGCAGGAACAGGGACUGGCUCACCGAGGAGGACCUCUACCGGUCGGGCAUCCACAUCAACCCGCCAAAGUCGUACGGCAACUUAGCCAACAUCCUCAGCGCGCACGGCAAGAAGGCGGAGGCCGAGUGGGCCUACAAGAAGGCGCUCACCUAUCGCUCCAACAUGGCCGACGUCCACUACAACCUGGGAAUUCUCCUGCAAGAGCAGAACCGGCUGGAGGAAGCCCUUCAGAGCUACAAACUUGCGAUCCAGUUCAGGCCGAGGCUUGCAAUGGCACACCUCAACAUGGGCCUCGUACUUGGCAUCAUGGGCAGGAAAGAAGAAGCCAUUGAAGUGUACCGGCACUGUGCCCAGCUUGACAGCGCGGGCCUCAAGGACCCCAAGACUCACGAGAGCACCAAGAUCUCGGCCCUCUUCAAUCUUGGUAGGCUCUACGCCGACGAAGGCAAAUACAAGGAGGCGAUCAGAGUUUACCAAGAAGCGGUUGCCAAGAUGCCGGAUCACUAUCAGCCGCAGUCUCUCUACAACAUGAUGGGUGAGGCAUACUUCAAGCUUGGGGACUUUGUCGAAGCGGAGCGAUGGUACAAAGAAGCCCUCAAAGCGAAGCACGACCACAUACCAGCUCAUCUGACCUACGCGAAGCUCCUGUCUAAACUGAACAGGCCCACCGAAGCGGAGCAGUGGUUCCUUCGAGCGAAAGGAAUAGCCCCUAACGACUCCAGUGUGUAUCAGCACUAUGGUCAGUUCCUGUCCGAGUCUGACCGGCACAUGGAAGCCGCCGAACUCUACCUUCGAGCCGCCGCGCUCGCACCCGACGAGUACGAGAUCAUCUUCAACGCCGCUAACACGCUGAGGCAAGCGGGAAGGAAUGCUGAAGCCGAGGCCUUCUACUACACUGCAGUGAAACUACGACCCGGUGAGGUCACGAGUCACAUGAACCUCGGCGCCAUGUUGCACGUCAACGGAAAGCUGCUCGAGGCAGAGUCGAGCUACCUCGAAGCGCUACGGCUGAAGCCAGACGACCCUAUAACGCAGAACAACCUGCAGAAGCUUCGAAACUUGCUCGCCCAGAAAGGUCUUCGGGCCUCCACCACGAUAGUCAGCAACCGGCGGUAGCGGCGUCGUAGUCCGCGGAGAUCUCCACGGUAACACAGCGCGAGGUACCGCCGGAACCGGAAACACCUCAGCAGCGCAUUGCGCGCAGAAGGCGCGAAUGACGUCGACGACGCUGAAGCUACGCGGCCGGCACAGCCUGCGGCAGCCACAGAUCCUUAGCCGCUGCUUGCUCGUCUGCGAAUUUCACCUGCCGAGUUUCGUCGUGGCCUCUGAGAUCUGGGGGCGCUUGCUGAGCUGAGGAGGUUGUUAGGGGCUGACACCCCGCGCCGCCGGAUAUCGGAGGCCAUCGUUUCGUCUGCCAACUUCGCUUCGCCGCCAGGAUUCGCCUGCACGGCGCCUCAACAGCGUGACAUCGUCGGCGCCGAUCCCAGACGUGUUUUUGUUCUCCACUCGCUCGUACGUUUGUUGUUGUCGUGCCGCUUCGGGUUUGUCCCCGGAAAGCGGCAGAGAAAAACACUUGUGUCCUACUAGACUGAUCGCAAACUGACUAUCGCCGUUGAGUGACCGCACAGAGCCUAGUCAGUCCUCUCCCCGACUCCCUUUUCCCACCCUUUUAUUUAUAACGCUGUUUUUAUUAUCUUUUACGCGUAUCGUCUGGCAAGCUUAUAGCAGCUCUGGAAGCGAGUGACGACUUUUGUGCCGCAGUUCUUACUGCACUGUGAGCCUCUGGAAAACGGAACUUUAGUCCCUCGUUGACUUUUCAUAUUUUUUUUUCUUGUCGGAAUGACAUGGGGGGAAAUGAAGUGCAGUGAACACGUUACUUAGUCACUAGUGUGUCUGGCCGGACUCGAUGCAGUAUGAAUCAUUUGAGUUCAUUUGUGGUUCUCCUUUCGCCUGUAUCUGUGUGUAUAUAACCGGUUUAUUAUCGCGUUUCUCUCUCUCCCGAAAUAUCUGCUGCUGCACUUCGUCGAUUAUGUUAUUCCUACGAGAAGCAACAGGUCUAGUCAAAGUGCCGACGCCCCCACUGUGGCUUGUCCGCUGUAAAUUACUCGCUCGCUUGAACGGACGGACGUUCCUCUCCUUUGUUUGUACACACCCUGUAUUUUUCUUUGUUUUUCUUUCCUUUUUUUUUUUUUACGUCGAACCCAAAGCCCACGUACGCGUGUAGUGCUUAUUAAUAAGCCUUCGCCUCUAGGAAUGAAGUGGGGAAAUAGCUGCCGAAAGAGAGAGAGGCGCCCUUUUCUUUUCUUUCUCUCUCUCUCUUUCCCUCUCUGGAGGAACGAAAGAAGGAUAUAGAGACGGAAGAAAAAGACAAAUCUAUAUAUUGAGUUGUGAUACGCGCGUUUUUCGGUUUCUCCUUUCUGACGCAAUCGCCUGGCGCACACACGACCAAACUUUUUGCUUCCAUGUGUAGAUCGACGCAAAGGACAUAGUAUAUAUAAAUAUUAUACAUAUACUUUUUCUCGGCACAUCCAUCGUCCCUGUGUACAGAGAGAGAGAGCCAUGUAGAUAGACAACGUGUGGCAAUACAUGGGCCGAGAUCCUGCAGGAAUUUGUUCUAAGCUGACGGGAACUGAGACCUCGUUCCUUCUUGGCUUCGCGAAUUACACUGCUUUAAAGAAAGAAAAGAUAUAUAAUCAAUACCGAAUGUGACGCAGUCAUUGCAGUGCUCUCACAGCUCGUAAUAGCAGUGGCUGGCUGUGUGCGAUUUGUUUUCUUUCUUGUUUUCUAUAAACUUAUUUUAGAGUCAAAAGCAGAAUUAGCAAGCUACCGAGGUUUUUAUGAAGUAUGUUAUAAGGGAGGUUCUACGUGCACUUGAUACAGUUAACUUCAGUCUGAAAUCGUCGUCAAUUCACAAUGCGUUACGAGACUUUAAUCGUCGCUCUACGGUGACCACAGUCACGGAACAUUGCUUACGAUAGUUUUAGCAUUUCUUUCAAAGGUACUCAACAUAAAACACAACAAACAAAGCCUGUGUCUCUCUUUAUUUUUAAUUUUAUUUUUGUACCUAUUCAAGAAUUGAAAAGGUUAUAUUCGAAAACACUACCGAUUCAUUAGUCGAAGCCACACAUCUUUCCGAGGAGACGAGAGAUUUCCUUUUUUUUUUUUUUUCAUCGGGAUAUUUCUCUUUUUUAAAUGGUGAAAAAUAGUGCGUGGCGGCUGAAAUUUCAAAGCCACGCUGUUCGCGAAGCUAAAAGCUCGGAACUCGGCAUUCAUGUUAUGUAAAUAUCGAAACCGGCUUCCGCUUUCUCGCCGGGAGAUGGACUCCUCUUGACGUUUACUAUUAUUGGUAGUAUUACUACUUUUCCUUCAUUUAGUGACGAAUGUCUUGUUCAUUCGUGAACAAAUUAUAGGUCAUUGAGGACGUUGGAUUUCUCUGUGCUCGCUUUUUCUUUAUCUUCUUUUUUCUUAAGGCGUGUGGACGCAUUGGAGCGCUCCGAGUAAGGUUCCCUUGGUCUGCCACUGUAAUUAAUAGAAGAAGUAUGAGAUAUUAAAAAAAAGAGAGAGAGAGGAAGUGAUAGCCACGUGAUUUCUAUAGGCUGGUUGGGAGGGAAAGCAAUCUUCUCUGGCCGUUUCUGUUCACUCAAGAGCAGCCGGCCGGCUUUUAACUUAUUUAUAUUUAUGGCAUACCUUUGUUUGUUUUAUUUUCUCGCUCGACCGUCGCCAAGGUCUGCAAGUGCACCCCGGGAUUAAAAGGGUUUCUUCCGCACUACGAAACGGAAGUUUCUUUUCUUUUUCUUAAAACAGAAAAAGAACGACACUGGUGCCAGCAGUGUGACCAUAUGAAAGUGUUUGUCUGUUAUGUCUCGACGCAAGAACACGCCAUGGUAUCGCGUGAUUCGAUUUGUUGUGUUUGUGCGUGUGAUUCGAGCCACCAAAUUGUGAUCGCGUGUUUCACGCGUUUUCUCUGCACCGUGUGUUACUUGCAAUGAUCCCGCGUUCGUGGCAGAUUCGCUGACGCGGAGAUUAGAGGAAGCUUGUGGUGGAUUGCUGCUUCUUGUGUGCCCAUAGUCACGAACCUGUCUUAAAAAAAUAAUUUUUUUUCCAACUCGUUUUGAGAUAACGGAGAGACUCUCGCGCCUGUUUCUCGUUAACAUUUGCCUCAUAGGCAAUGAUAGAAAAUAUUUUAGGAAAAGAAAUUGUGGCAUCAGCCAAAGAAUGGGAAACUAAAAUGUCAGCUCCUCAGUCUCGACACGUGAUGUUAAAACAAAUCACGAGCUACUUUGAAGGCCGUGAGAGAAGAACAAAAAGACGACUGAAAUUAUUAUUGAAAUAAGUAUAGGAGACUGCAGAGGCCUCUAGAGGUCAUAUUCUGAAAUGAUCACUUGAAGAGAUAUCACCAUCAGAUGUACGAUAACUGCCAAAUCCAGCGGACAAAACGCGCUUCGCUCCAACGAGUUAUCGUGCCGGAUGCCAUGUCACGCACAAGAGGCGGUAUCUCGGGAAGUGAAUAAUUCAAAUUACUGUCACAGGCUUGGUUACAUUGCAAUUGACAGAAUUAGGCAAUCUUGUGCUGUGCAGAGGGUUUCUACAAUGAGGUGCUUUGAAACUCUAUUCAAAUUGUGAUUGGUUCUUUGUUUCUUAUCUUUCUUCUUGUAUAUUUAGGCGCAAUCAGAUUUGUUUGGUCUCGUGACUUUGGGUGAACAAGACACGUGGCUUUCUCCUUCAUGAUGCUCGGUGCACAGUUUGUUCCAUAAACAGUUGUAGUUCCCGGUUUGUCUCAUUUCGCUUGCUGCCCAUCUGUGUACCACAUGCGUCGUCCCACGGCGCCCAUGCGCUGUCCGGGUGGACGCACGAAAGCCAGCGUGUGCCGAAAUGUUAAAAAAAAGAUGAUAAUAAUGAAAGAAAGAGAAUGUUAUUAAACUUGGAAUGAACGCGCACGCGUAAUAAGAUUUAGGCUUUCCUAAAAAGUUCUGUACAAUACAUUAAGAUAUUUACAAAUAAAUUUUUGAAUCUAAA